UAAAGCAAAAGCCGUGCACACAAGCAAAGCAAAACCAGGAAUUCAUUCCCCACUUCCCAUGGCAGGCAGGUGUUCAGCCAUCCCCAGGACAGCAGGGCUUCAUCAUGCGUAACGGUGAUGUGGGAAGACAAACGCCAUCACUCCAAAUGUUCCCCCUCUUUCCUCCUUCUUCCCCCAGCUUUAUACACUGAGCAUGACGUCAUAUGGUAUGGAAUAUCCCUUUGGUCAUUGGGGUCAGCUGUCCCGGCUGCGUCCCCUCCCAACUCCUUGUGCACCCCCAGCCUGCUCACUGAUGGGGUGGGGUGAGGAGCAGAACAGCCCUUGGCUCUGUGUCAGCACUGCUCAGCAGAAACAAAAACAUCCCCGUGUUAUCAGCACUGUUUGCAGCACAAAGCCAAACCACAGCCCCGUGCUUGAUACUAUGAAGAAAAUCAACCCUAUCCUAGCCAAAACCAGCACACUGGUUCCCCUGACGCUGUCGAUGUGUGAGGCUUUGUGUGUGUCGCUAGCUCUGUUAUUCCACUCUGCUGUGGGAGGGAGCUGGGAAAAUGGACUGGGGGCCACGCAGCACCCAUUUGGGUGGCAGGAAAGGGACGGCAGAACGGCACAAUGCAGGGUGGCCCAUCCACAGGGUGACAUCGGCUUGUCAGCUCAACCGAGGUGAUCAGUCCCUGGGGAUGUCUGGUCCUGGCAGGGCUGGACAGAGGUGCCCCAUGACUUGGGACGCUGCAAUGGUGCCAGGGCAUGUGUCACCAGGUUGGGAGCCGGCCGUGUCCUUCCUGCCCUGUGCCCGGAACACAUACAGCUCCAUCUGCCCACUGUGCUUCACAACUGUCUUUGGACGGCUGCGUUACGUCUGCUUCCUCCUCCCCGCAGCUGUGCCAUUGCGUGCCGGCGGUUGGAAACCACCCCGGCCUUGAUGAUGUCCCCGGAUGCUUGGUGACGGUGGCAGCUGACAGUCUCCUCAUGCUCCCCACCUCCCGUCUGGCUGCUUGGACCACAGAGAUGUGGGCAGGACGUAGGCGCGACGUGGAGGAGAAAGAGGUAGAGUUCCAGCGGAGAGAGCGCUGGUGCCUGUUCUACUGUGGUGACGCACGGUGGGAUUUGUGCAGACCCAGCUUGUGCAGAGGCCACCUUGAAGAGAUGUCCCGGCUGGUGCCUUCACCCAGCUCUGCUGCUGCCUGUGUCACCAUCCUGCUUGGCUGUGUCUGGCUCGUCUCGGCCACCCAGUUCUCUCCAAUGCGAGACAAAGGGCGCACCUUGAUCCGCCUCACUCCACAAGAAAAAGCCACGUGUCCCAGUGCCUCCGUGGAAGUUUUUCUCAACAGCACCCUCACCACACGCCUCCUCCCUGCCCUCUACUCUGUGGUCCUGCUCGUGGGGCUGCCGGCCAACGCUCUGGCCUGCUGGAUCCUGGUGACUAACUUCAGGAAAUGUUCCAGCACCCUCUUCCUGCUCAACCUGGCCAUUGCUGACCUGCUCUUCAUCCUCCUGCUGCCCUUCAAGAUCUCAUACCACCUCUUGGGCAAUCACUGGCUCUUUGGGGACUACCUGUGCCGCACCAUGGUGGCCUUCUUCUAUGGGAACAUGUACAGCUCCAUCCUCUUCCUCACUUGCAUUGGUCUGGAGCGCUACAUCUCUGUGAGGCACCCAUUUCUGUGGAAGGGCUCCAGUUGGACAUGGGGCAAGGCAGGCAUCUGUGUGGGCAUCUGGCUGGUGGUGGGGCUGGGCAUGAGCCCUCUGCUUUUGUAUCCCCAGACAAGCCACAUUUCGAGUCUGAACAUCACAACGUGCCACGAUGUCCUAGGGAAGGAUGAGCACAAGUUCUUUGUCUACUAUUUCCUCUCCCUGGUGGGUCUGGGCUUUGGAUUGCCCUUUGUGCUCAUGACCAUCUCCUACAGUUGCAUCCUGGUGCGACUGCUGGCCAAGGGGAGACGCUAUGGGCAGGUGGUGCGUGUCUUGGCACUGGUCCUCCUGGUCUUCAUCUUCUCCUUCACCCCCAGCAAUGUGCUGCUUUUCAUCCACUACAUGCUGGAGGCCACGGGGUGCCACAACGUCACCUACAUCUGGUACACCCUGGCCCUGGCACUUGGUGCCUUCAGCAACUGCUUUGAUCCCUUUGUCUACUUCUAUGUCUCCCAGGAUUUUCGGGGAUGGAUCCGGGAUGCAGGCAGCUGCUGCCCAGGGGGGCUUAAGACCUCAGCGGGCAGGGCCUUGGAGAAGGCAGCCUUGCCUCUGAGGUCCAGCGAGGAGAGCCAGCUGUAGGCAGGGCUGGGGAGGCACCAGGCUGUGUCCCCCUGCCCUGGAGAAGGGGGAUCCUGUAGAUCAGUGCUCAAUACAAAGGGGUGCGCUACUUGGCCUGUGCCAUCCCUGACUGGUGGCAGACUGGGGCAGAAAAUCCCCCCUGGACCUGAGGUUUGCAGGGACUUUACCCCAGUUUUGCAGUUCUUCUGCAGGAUUUCCAGGCGUGACCU